AUGGUGUCUGCAGUUCCGUUGUCUAUUCCGCCGGUUGCCCCGCCGGCGAUUUUGCCGGCGGCCUCGCCAGGAGCCUCGCCACUGCAGUACGACAUUCUGUUCCAAGACCCUGACCUGCCCGAGCCUCUUCCCUCCUUAGAAGCGAUCGAAUCUGCACAGUUUAUCAGCGAGAAAGUUUCUAGGAACGUCGUUUCAGCCACGGCCUGCUUUGCGGUCAAGUUUGGCUACGAGGUGCAGCCGCUCGAGGCCGAAAACAUGCGGUUUGUGCGCGAAAACACCAACGUACGCGUUCCCCGUGUCUUUGCCGUGUAUCAACGCGAUCGCGAGACAGAGCUACCGAAAACGUACAUCGUCAUGGAGAAGCUCGCCGGCGACUCGCUCGACAAACUGUGGCACGGGCUCGACGCCGCACAAAAGCUCGACAUCGUAGCGCAGCUCAAGGUCGCGUUCGCGUCGCUGCGCAGCCUGCCUCACCCCGGGUUUUUCGGCAGCAUAGACGGCACCAAGCUGCGUGAAUUCCUGUUCGACGACAUUGACAAGCCAACGCCCUCCGUCAGGUCGCCGUUUAAGACGGAAGAUGCGCUCAUCGACGGGCUGCUGGACCGGUUCCUGGCCGAGGAUCCUGGGAGGCUGCGGCACAAGACCGCCUAUUACCGACUCGUGCUCCCCAAGAUCUUCAAGGGCAGCGGUCAGCCUGUGUUUACGCAUUCUGACUUGCAGCUGAAAAACAUCAUGCUGCAGCCGGACGGGCGCGUGGCGAUGAUCGACUGGGACGUGGCCGGCUGGUACCCGGCAUACUGGGAGUAUGCGGUCGCCAUAUGCGCGCACGCGAUGUGGCCGAAUGACUGGCCCAGCCACGUCGGCCUGUUCUUGGACGAGUACCCUAACCAUUUCGCGUGGAUGAAUCGACUGCGGAUGGAGAGGUGGUAG